UAAUAGCUUAACAGAGGUCAGUGGUGGUACAAACACACCUGUUUGAUACAACAGCACAGACAGAUGCAACUGGAAGCUUUCAUUAGUCACACUAUAAACAAACAGCUCAGGACAAAAUGAAGAGUCUGGAUGAGUCUCCAGAGAGUGGGACUGCAGAAGAGAACAACUACUGGGAGAGAGAAAAUCAAUCAGAGACAUCCCAUAAUAAGACACUGCUGUUUACCAAUCAAUGGAAACCAUGCCGACGGACCCGAGCUACUGUCAAAGAGUGUCUGCUGCAGCUGAGAUGUUGUCUGGGAUCAGUGUGUGGGAUGGAGUGGUACAGCUAUGCUGCUCUAGGCAUUUCAACGGCCACCCUCAGCUUCUUCAUGGACCUCAGUGUGACAAAGCUGCUCAAAACUCACCAGUGGCUUUAUACGAAGCUGGAGGGCAACAGUCUGCUGCAAUUCUUCUGCUGGACUCUUUACCCAGCAUGCCUCUGUGCUGUUGCAUCCUCCUUCUCCCACAACAUCUGCCCUUUCUCCACAGGAUCAGGGAUACCUGAGGUGAGAACCAUGCUGUCUGGUGUUGAGAUGCCUCAUUAUUUGUCUCUCACUAACAUGUUCAUCAAGUUGCUCGGCCUCAUCUGCACGCUGUCAGCCGGCAGCACUGUUUUUCUCGGCAAAGUGGGUCCGUUUGUGCAUCUUUCCACCAUGGUGGGAGCCUACCUGAGCAACCUCUGCUCUCUCACACAGGCUGAUGAGAAGGACGAAGCUGGUAGAGAAAUGCUGGUUGUUUCUGCUGCAGCCGGAGUAGCGAGCUGCUUUGGAGCUCCCAUCAGCGGAGUUUUGUUCAGCAUUGAAGUGAUGAGUUCUCACUUCUCCCUGAGGCAGUACUUCCCAUGUUUCUUCUCGGCUGUCUGCGGGGCGCUGUCCUUCCGCUUGUUCUCUGUGUGGAGCGGAGAUUUAGAAACUCUUCAGGUGAUGUUUAAAACAGAUUUCUCCACGUCCUCACCUUUCUACCCGCUGGAGAUUCUGCUGUUUGCUUUCCUGGGGCUGCUGUGUGGAGCUGUGAGCUGCUGCUUCCUCUUCUUCCACCGGUGGAUCCUGAAACUCUCUAAAACAAACCCAAUCUUUGUCAAGAUGCUGACGACAGAGAAGGGUCUGUACUCGGGCGUGGUGGUCUUCUUCCUGGGGUGUGUGACGUUUCCUGACUCUGCUGGUCAAUAUAUGGCUUCUAAGCUCUCCAUGAAGCAGCUCCUCACCUCCUUGUUGGAUAGCAGGCAGUGGAUCUCACAAUCCCACAAUGCAUCUGUUGAGGCUUUGUUGGAGUGGAGCUCAUCAGGGAGUCCUGUCUACCUGUCUUUGGCUUUCUUUCUGCUCAUGAAGAUGUGGAUGUUGGUCCUCGCCUGCACUCUGCCUCUGCCAGCUGGAUACUUCAUGCCCGUGUUUAUUUAUGGUGCAGCUUUGGGACGUUUACUUGGGGAGGGGGCAGCUUAUGUGUCUGUCACCAGGGAGACUUCAGACCAGCACUGGACUUCAGUAAAUCCUGGAGGCUAUGCACUUGCUGGUGCAGCGGCCCUCUCCGGGGCCGUCACACACACCUUGUCCCCGGCUCUCCUGGCUGUAGAGUUAACGGGUCAGUUAAGCCACUCUGUACCCAUCCUUCUUGCAACUGUCCUGGCCAAUGCCGUGUCUCGCUCAGGACACCGCCCAUCUUUCUAUGAUGCCAUCUCCAUCAGCAAAAAGCUUCCACACCUGCCCUCUCUAAAGAAAGCAUGCCCCAGACUUCCCUUCACUCCCGUCAGUCAGGUUCUGAAAGCAAACCCCGUGCAGCUUAAAAAAGCAGCCGAGCUCGUGGAGGUUCAGCACGCUGUCAACACCUGCACUGACGCACAAAUCCCAGUGGUGGACUCACACGAGUCACAGGUUCUGCUGGGGUUUGUUCUCCGAUCAGAGCUGCUGAUGUUCCUGCGUCACUGCCAGACUGCAGAGAAACAUUUGGAUGACAUCUGCUGCAUUCACCUGGGCUCUAUCCUGUUAUCACCUCAAAGCACGCUUAAGGAGGCCCACAGCAUCCUGCGUGUAGUCGGAGCUCAGAGCUUGUUUGUGGUGGACGAGGGAAAGCUGGUUGGAGUCAUCACCUGGUCAGAGAUGAAGAGAAUAUUAGACGACUUGGCCAAAGAAGUCUGAGCAGAUACACACAGGAAAUAAGACCGAGCCUUGACCUUUUAAAGCAGCCAUGGAUCCAUCUCUGUCGGAUUAGUCUG